AUGGCUCCCAACAGACUGAUCGAAGACUUGUCUGCUCGCCACAAUCUACCUGCCAUGGCCAGUGACGCGGAACCUCCUGACACGCUGGACAUUACGAUGGGCGAGUCGGAUGAGGAGAAUAGUAUCGCUGAGCCCCGUCGUCCACUCAUUUCGGAUCUCCUUGACUCUCCUGGAUCUGCCCAGAUCUCCUUGCCUCUCCACUCUGCUUCUCAGACACCCCUCGCGCCCCGCCACACUACCCCAUCCCUGGCGGCUCCAUUUGCACCAUCCAACUCGCCACAUGAGCAUCUCCACCACCACGCCUCGCCAAAGGUACAGGCGUCAUCUGGAUCUGUGGCGCCUGUGGAGGGAAGUCGUGCACUUAUUCCUGACCCUCUGGCGCCAGCUUGGGAUGAAAGUCGUGGCAGUUCACCAAUCCAUAGGCAUGCACUCAUCUCAGAUUCCACCCCCACUGCGCCCGGUGGAAUGUUCGACUUCGACACUCCUGGCAUCUCGCCAAUCCCUCGACGCGCCCUGUUAGAAGCUACUCCCCUUCCUCCACCAGCUCACACUUUCGACUUUCGCACUCCUGACACCUCCCAACUCCCUCGACGAUCACUCAUCGCUGAGCCCCUUGACGCUACGCCACGUACAUCCAUCCACUUCGAUAGUCAAGCAAGUACGCCGAUGGCGAGGGGCAUGCUGGUGGACGAGACACUUGACACGGAACCAGUGCCGAAACUGCUGGACUUUGACAAUAGUCCUCCCGCCACGCCAGGACGACGGCGAGCUCUGGUGAUAGACAGCCCUGGCACGAUGCCUGUGCGUAGCCAGGUCCGGUGGCUAAAUAGUCCCAGCACUUCGCCUCCAAAGAGGCGGCCUUUGUUGGACGAUGUUUUAAGUCCACCGCCUCCGCCAUCGGCGCCCUCUCACUCGCCAGCUCGCACUUUCGAUCACAGCAAUUUCCGCCAUGAUGCACCUGUCAUUCACUAUAUAAAAGGCAGCAUCGAGCCAGUCACUGUUACUUCCAGGAUGCCAAGUCUGGCAGCACUUCCAGAUGAGCUGCCGAUCCAUCGUCCCACCCAUUGGGAACAGGUUCCAGGCUUAUUCCCAGAUACCACACAGCUGCUGCCAAUGGCAGUCCCUGGAGAGACGAAUGCCGCUUCUGGCUCACAAGUGGCCCACCUCGGUAGAUCGUUUGCGCAGAUCGCAGCAGAGGCAGACAGUUCCAUGGACGAUGACGAAGGUGAUAGCUUUGCGGUUAGUCGUCGUCGCGCCAUGUUGCGGGAGCGCAUUGUACGUCUUCAGCGUGAGCUCAACCUCACUGAGGAUAUGCACGUUGCGAACCUUAAUGCCAGCUCGACCGUGUUCCAAAUGGGGUACAUUCUGAGGGACAUUCGUGGUGAGGCGUAUCGCAGCAACUGA